AUGUUGCGAGAUGGAAACAGAAUGGUCCAGACUCUGAUGACCUGUUGGCUGGGCAGGAGGAGUGUCGACGUCAAGUCUUCAAGAUAUGAAGCUACGACUUCGCUGGCGAAGGAUGUGUUUCCGUUGAGGAAGAAACCAAGGAUCCCUUCUAUUGAGAAGACUCAAGUAGGAGCUGUUCCCCAUCAUCAGUUAGGGUUAAACAUCUCGUUUGUGCAGAUAGCAAGAAGAUUGGCGGUAGGGGCAAUAUUCGUGAUGUUCCACUCAAGCCUCAUGCAGACAAGCUCGGAGAUCAUGAUCUACUCUGUGAAGUGGUUCGUUGACGAACUGGUUCACCUGCUGAGAGGCAAAGAGGUGUUGAUAUUCCUCUCUGUGGUUCAAGUUGUCUAUACUAGUGAAAGGAUGGAGAUCGAACUUGGACGUCUACUCAUCUACCCAAUCAUCAAGGUCUAG